CAUAAUAGCAAACGUUGUAUCAGAAAAUUCUCGCUUGCACCAAUAGUCUGGAGCGUUGAGUGUCGCAGCUCCUGCGUGAUGUAGAUCCUGGAGAAGUAGAAAAGGAAUCAUCUUAGUAUCUAUCUUGAAGUCACACACCAUCUUCGGUGGUGGGCCUGGUCAAUAUCGCAAGUAAUCCGCGUGUUGGUUGUGUCUCAUCAAGGAAAACCGCACCUGUGCAAAGUCGAGACGCAACAAUGACUCAGAUUGAUGCACCGUGGGGGAUCGUGAGGGCCCGGUACGAAAAGCCCUGGGAAGAUAAGCACAAGCAGGCGGCACCGGAGAACUUCGGGCAUGUUUGCAUGGCUGGGGUGGAGGGUGGAACAGAGGCGGGCUCUCGACCAUCCCCGCAAGGAGGAAACUCUUCCGAUGAGGAUCAAAGCGGGAGUAGCGUCCCUGGCCGUCCGCGCAAGCGGAGUAAGGGGAAGAGCAGACCGCCUCCAGGACCUGGUGAGCCUUCUCGCAAACCUCGAGGUCGUCCUCCAGGGUCCAAAAAUAAACCUAAACCUCCCGUUAUCAUUACUCGGGAGAACGGUAAUGCCAUGCGACCUCAUGUUCUGGAAGUUGCAAGUGGGCAUGAUGUGUGGGAGAGCGUUACAGACUUCGCCCGACGGCGACAAAGAGGAGUUUGCGUCAUGGGCGGAAGCGGAACUGUGACGAAUGUGACACUGCGGCAACCCACAACGCCAGGCGCGACGGUUACCAUCCACGGCCGUUUUGAGAUCAUUUCACUCUCAGGGUCCUACUUGCCUCCACCGGCUCCAAGUCCUCCUACAGGACUGACAAUUUCGUUUGCGGGCGCGUCAGGGCAAGUUUUGGGAGGGUGUGUUGCUGGGGCAUUGACGGCAGCUAGUCCAGUAUUGGUCAUUGCGACGUCGUUCACAGGCGCGACGUAUGAUCGGCUUCCACUGGCGGACGACGAGCCGCCGAUAAUGCAAGUGACAACUGCCUCAGGUGCACAGGCAAUGCAAGCCCCGGAUUUGUCUUCGUAUAAUCCGUCGACUGCAUUACAAAACUUGUACAACAUAGUCCCACAGACCAAUCCGAACCUGGCCAGUCAGCAAGCUGCGCAGGAUGUGCUUAAUCAAUGGGCAUCUGGUAGUGGGCAUACGCAACGACCUCAACAGUACUGACUCCGAGGUCAUUCUUCACUGCCAUGUCUAUGGUCUAUGUAUCACCGAGCGGAUCUCGUGAUUCUGUGAUUUGACUGCAAUUGGAGCUUUUUGUCAUUCGGGUCAGGCGUCGAAUAUGGUAGCUUUAGGUUAUGCACGCCCCCAAUUCUCGACGCUCCCAGAUACCGUUUACUGUAAAUCCAGUGCACAGGGUAUUUAUUCAUGGAACCUUCUUCUAUUCCUGUUUCCCCUUCAAUGUACAUGAUAGUGUCGAGCAACCCGCCAGUGACUUGUCACCUAUUCUGAUUGUCACUGGAAAGGAUGUGCAUCAAGUCUCCUUGCACUGAUCUCCAGUGACGAUGCUCGCCUUCAAACUCCUCAUUCUCUUUUCCGUCUAGUAAGCGGAUCCAGUCCAUACGGUAACAAACGAACAGUCUGAACUCCGGGGCUUAGCCUUCGAGGGGUAAUACUUGAUCCCUGUUGGGAUCAGUCACACCUAUUGGGCUCUUAAUCAUAUGGUUUUUCUAGGGUUGUCCUCGCACUUUUUCUGAAGGUUUCAUUUGAAAAUAAGGCUAGGUGAAGAUGGGUCUCUAGCAUCGUAGUAUUUUUUUAAUGUCUCGUAGGAGAAUCGAACUGAGACGACUCGAGUCCUUGUGGUUAUGUCUAAAUGCGCCCGCCGUUCCCCUUCUUCACUGCAUUUAGGGACCUAAACCUCUCUUGAUCAUUUUCACUUGCAGCAAUUUUGCUAGUACGUGUAAAUUCGACCUUAGAUGAGUUGCCUGUUGGGUGCCGGCUACACGAGCACUUUGGUGGUCCAUGUAACAGCGACCAGCUUUGGUCCCCUUUUGGGAUACCAAUGUCUGAUCUAUUAACAUUUAUACUGUGAGCUUAGUACAUACAUCACUGUAUAGAUGACACAUGUUUUAGAGCUGGCCCAACUUUGAAUUGAAAACGAGACACAUGAUCUGCCAACUUUAGAAUUUUAGUCUAUUUGUACCAUUGAAUCUGGUUAUCCAUUCUCUAAACUUUCAAUUU